UAUCAUAGGAACAAGGUCCUUGUUUUGGCAGAAACCUGUCAAUCUAGUUACAGCGGUUGUUGCAAUUCUUACAGCAGUAACAUUUCUUACAGUAAGAGAGCAGCCAUGGUGAUCUACACAGUAACGACUUACACAGGAGAUAGGCUUUUGGCGGGCACCACCAACUAUAUCUACAUCCAGCUGCGUGGGACUGAGGAUGAGAGUGACGAACAGCGUCUAAAAUGCUUUCGCGGGUUUUGGCAGGGAUCGGUGCAAGAAUUUCAGAUAGACUGUAAAGCACCCCUGGGAGAGCUCAUAGAUGUCAAGCUCCACUCCAAGCCGUUCAUGGGUCUUCUUUACGACCAGUGGUUCUGCGAUAAGAUCACCAUCAGCACGCCAGAAGGAGACAAGAUUUUGUUUCCGUGCUACAACUGGCUGGACUGGAACGAGAGACUCGCUUUAAGACCAGCUAAAGCUUCACUUGUGUUCCAGGACACCAACCUAAUAGCCCAAAAACUAAGGAUGAGGGAGGUGGACGAGCAACAGAAGUUAUUUAGGUGGCGUGUGUAUGCUGAGGGCAUGCCUCAAGUUAUCGAUUGCGACAGUGCCUGCUCUCUGCCGCCUGAAGUCCGAUUCUCUUUCUCAAAGGAAUCCGAGUUUUACUUCUCCGCAGGAAAGCAGUUAGUUGCUCUAAAGCUAACUGGAUUAGCUGACUGCAGAGAUUCAUGGGAAAGCAUCAGCCAACUGGAACCAAUCCUUUGUGACAAAAGAUCGGAAACCAUUGAAUACUGUCAGGAGCACUGGGAUGAGGACGAGUUCUUUGGCUACCAGUUUCUGAAUGGCCUCAAUCCUAUGAUGAUCCAGCUCUGCUCAACUCUGCCCGAGAACUUCCCCGUCACAGACGACAUGGUCAAAGGCUCCCUAGGAGGCAGCAGCUUGGAGCAGGAGAUGGAGAAAGGGAACAUCUUCCUGUCUGACUAUAAGAUGCUGGAUGAGCUGGUGGGCAAUGUGGUCAGUGGCAGACAGCAGUAUCUCACGGCUCCCCUGGUCCUGCUGUACUGCAACCCUCAAGGCUUGAUGCUGCCCAUCGCCAUUCAGUUACGGCAGAAGCCCGGCAAAGACAAUCCCAUCUUCCUCCCGACGGAUUCAAAGGCUGACUGGAAACUGGCCAAGAUCUUCGUCCGAAGCGCAGAGUUUGGCGUUCACGAGGUGGACUUUCACCUGCUGAGGACUCACCUGCUGGCGGAGGUGUUCACCGUGGCCACGCUGCGCAAUCUCCCCUCGCCACACCCUCUCCACAAGCUCCUCUUUCCCCAUAUCCGAUACACGCUCCAGAUCAACAUCAUGGCCCGGAAUCAGCUGAUAUCCAAGGAUGGGGCCAUUACAAAGUAUGCAGGAGUAGGUGGAGAGUCAUUGGAGAAGUUGCUGAAGCGUGCCACUGCCUCCCUGACCUACAGCGCCCUCUGUCUUCCUGAUAACAUCUCAGAGAGAGGCCUGGAGACUGUGCCAAACUACUACUACAGAGAUGAUGGGAUGAAACUGUGGCAUUUCAUCAACAAGUAUGACAACCAGUAGAGUUUAGUCUAGUGU